AAUAUUUGGAUUUUUUAAUCUCUAAAACCAGCAAUAAAAAUGUUUCCGAUCAAACUCUUUAUAGUUCUUUACAAACAAACAAUAUUAAUAUCAGAAAUGGAUAUACACGUGGGAAAAAGAGAAGACAACAUCUUCACAAUACUAUACCUUCUACUUCAUCUGCUUCAAAUUCUUCAACCAAUGAAUUUAUUAAAAAUAAGAAAUUAUCUGAAGAGCAAAGACGUAAAUUAGUUGGUAAACUUUCUGCUAUUUCAAGAGGAAAAGAUUCAAUUUUUCCUGAUGGUAAAAUCUGUGAUCUUUCACCAGACUCUACUAUUAUACCUUUAAGAAUUCGUCAAACAACAAGGUCUCAUCAAUUAUUCCCUCCAAUUGACGAUACUAUUAAUAAUGUUAUAAUUAAUCCUAAAUCUAUUAAAAUUACCAUUCUCCACAUGCCUCCAGAAAUAAUGCUUUGCAUAUUUGAUUUCUUACCUUCAAGAAAAGAUUUUUAUUCUUGUCUCUUUGUUUGUAAAGUUUGGUAUUUAAUGGUUACUCCAUUUCUUUACAAAUCUCCUCAAAUUUAUCAUCGUUUUUCAUCAAUGGAUGUCAUUGUAGAUUUAAAUGAAAUUACUUCAACACAUUUAUCAUCUACAAAAUUUAAAUCCUCUUUAAGUUCAAAAACUAGACUUCCUUUAAAUUUUCCUUUAGAAAAAUAUGGUUCAUUUAUUAAAAUAUUAGAUUUAUCUAUUGGAUAUGGUUAUGAUUAUAUUUCUGAUUCAACAAUUCAAGCUAUAGCUCAUUCAUGUCCUAAUUUACGUGUAAUUAAUUUAAAUAAUUGUAUUCAUAUUUCUGAUAUUUCUUUAGAAUCAAUUUCUAAGAAUCAAUGUUCUUCAACUUUAAUCUCUAUAAGUUUAUGUGGAUGUCGUAAGAUUACAGAUUUAGGAAUCAAGAUGUUAUCAAAAUCAUGUCAAAAUUUAAAUUCAUUGAAUUUAGCUGAUUGUGGAAAGAUUACUGAUAAAAGUAUUAUAAUGAUAGCAAAAGGUUGUUCAAAAUUACGUCAAAUUCGUUUAUCAGAUUGCCCUAGAAUUACUGAAAAAUCUAUUGAAGCUUUAAUAUUAAAUUGUCCACGUUUAUGUUGGUUGGAUAUUGCUAGAAUUGGUAGAAUUACUGAUUAUACUAUUCGUCUUAUUGCUAAUACAUGUAAAGAUAAUAUUGAAUGGUUAAAUUUAGCUCGUCCUUCACCAUUAGAAGCUGUUUAUUCAUCAGCUCUUGCAACUCAAUUAAGACGAAAAUCAGGACAUUUGGGAUGUAUAACAAUGGGUGAUGCUGUAGGAAUUACAGAAGAAGAUAUAGAAAGUAUUACAAAUGAACCAGAAGGAUUACUUAGUGGAUGGCAAAAAAGUUCUGUAGAUGAAAAUAGUUUAAAAGAAAUCUUGGAAGGUGUAAGUUGGGAAGAUGUUGGAACAUG